AUGUCACAAAUUAUAUCAAAUAAUGAUCAUACUGAACCAUCACCACAAUUACCUCCACCCGAUUCAUCAUCAACCAAUUCUCAAAAAUUAAUGUUAUCAAAUGGUGAAGAAUUUAGUAGCUUAAGACGAGGUUUAGCUACUGAACUGAAAACUCCGGCUGAAUAUACUUUACAUAUAGUAUUUACCCAAUUUGUUCGUCAUGCUGAACGGAAAUUAAAUUCAUGUCUUGAAUAUCCUUUAGAUAUUGAACCUCCAAUAAUUGAAUUAUUAUCAGAAGGAGUUGAUCCUCAUUUUGAUAAAAUCGUGGCAUCAUUAGGUUAUAUAGCUAGAAAGAAACCUAAACCAGUAAUUGAUAGUGUUAUGUUUUGGAGAAAAUCAAAGAGUGAAGUUGCUACUAUGGCAGCUAAUGAAGUUGAAAGAACCUUAGAAACGGCUAAAAGUAGUUUAUUACAAGUCUCACGAGAUUCUAGUGAUUCAACUAUAGUUAAUCCAUCAAAUCCAGGAAUAAUAAAGGGAGGUAAUGUAGCAUCUCGAUCUAAGAGAAGUUUAAGUUUAAUGAGAAGUAAAAGUUUUUCAAAAGUGGCCCAUCGUCGAAAUCAAUCAACUUCAUCGGCAUUACCUUCGAAUUCAAAUUCAAAUUCCACUAGUUCAUCUUCAAUAACCAAUACUAAGACUCCAGGAUGGUAUGAAGAUGAAUUUAUUAAACAAAAAUAUUAUUAUGAUGCUAGAAUUUCAGAAGCUAAAAAGACCGCCAUUCAAGCAGAAAGGAAAUCUUUAGCGUCAAUUUAUAUAUUAUGUCGAGUAUUAAUUGAAGUUGUUAAACAAACAUCUUAUGAAAUUAUGGGAGAAGAUUUAGAAGAUAAAUUAGAAGAAAUUGUUUAUACUCAAUUAAAAACUACUGAUCCAAUAAGUACUAGUCAAUCAUUAGUUAGAGCUGCCAAUUGGAAUUUAUUUGCUGAAUUAUUAGGAUUUAUGUCAGAAAAGAGAUUUUUAAGUGUUAGUGAUAGAUUUAUUGCAGAUUUAGAAAGAAUUCCUAGUAAUAUUAAACAAGAAGAUGAACCAAAAUUACAUUUAUUAAUUAGUGGAAUGAGAUAUUUAAUUCUUACUAAUUAUCCUUUAGAAGUAUUUGAAGAAAGUGCAGAUUUUAUUAAUUCAUUAGCUAAAUUCUUUUCAAGUUCACAAAAUGAAACAAUUAUAUUUGCUUAUUGUGAAGUCUUAAGUCAUUUAGUAUUACCAUUAGCUAAUAUUUUAACGGCAGAAACUAAUCAUCCUACCUGGGUUGAAGGGAUUGAAAAGAUUUAUUAUAAGGCUCAACAAAUAUGGAAUCAUUAUUUAAGACUUGGAGCUAGUACUACCACCAGUACCACCACCAAUACUGGAAGUAGUAGUGCCAUUUCAUUUGCUAAUAGUGGAUGGGCUUAUUCAUUACAUUUAAUGACAUCAACUUUAUCAGUAUCUAAACGAGAUUUAUUCUCGGAGAAAUGGAUGAAAGUUAUUGAAGAUAAUUCAUUUAAAUUAAAACCCAAAGUUGAAGUUGAUGAAAAGACUACUUAUAUUGUAUGUAUAGGAAGAUUAAUUUGGGUUUAUAUAUAUCGAUUACCCGAUACUUUAAAUAAUACUGUUAAAAAGUUAGAUCAAUUAUUUCAAUUAUUAUUCUUUAAUAAUAAUUCUACCAGUAAAAAGCAACAAUGGAUAACUUUUGAUAAUUUACUUAUUGGAUCAUUAGUUGAAUUAAUUCGAAUUAUUGGAUUUAAUCAUUUAAAUUAUGUAUUAGAUGAUGUAUUUAUUAAAUUAUUAAAAUUAAGUUUUACCGGAAUUUCAUUAGAAAAUAUGUAUACUGAAAAGAUUAUUUUAGUAGUUAAAAGUUAUUUACUGAUCUUACAAGAUUAUGAAUAUGGUAAUAAACCUAAUUUUCCUACUGAUGAAAUAUUUAAUAUGAGAUUUUUAAAUGAUAUUGAUGGACAUUCAAAAUCUCAAUCAACUUCAAGAGAUAAGAAGAAACAUAAAUAUAAAUCAAGUGAAUUUCUGUUUAUUGCUAGAAAUUCAACGAAUGCUCAAUCUCAUGAUGAAAUAUGUCGAACUUUUGGUACUUUAUUAAAAUUAUUAGAUACUCAAUAUGGAUCAGAAAUUCUUCAAUCAGAUAAUUCUAAUUCUAAUCCUCCAACUCCAAUAAGUUCAACUAAAUCAGCUUCACCAUUUUCAGCAUUUCAUUUUGGAAUUGAUUUAUCUUAUCAAAUAACUAAAAAUGUUCAUACUGAAUUAUUUGCUACAUUAAUUGAAGUUAUACCUUGGACAAUGGUUCUGCAUACGAGUGAAAUGGCUUCAGCGGCUGGUAUACCAUUUAAACAAAUAAUUGAAAUCUUAACUCGGAAUUCAAUUCAUGAAAAUUAUCGAGUGGCCAAUGCGGCCAUUGGAUCAUUAAAGAGAUUAGCCUCUAGAAAGAAUUCUAGUAAUUUAAUUACAACCUUUGCCAAACUUGCAUUUCAUUUAAAUGAUAAACCUAAUCCUCAUUUUGAUAUAAAUUAUAUGAAUUCAUCUGAAUUUAGUAGUUUAUUAAGAAUUUAUGUGGAAUUAUUAAAUUGUUGGUUAAAGCAAUUUCAAGAGAUUGCUGAAUUAAGAAAUGGUCCAGAAGAAUAUUUUAAUCCAUUAGCUCAAGAUGAUGAAUUAAUGAAUAAAGAUGUUUUAAAUGAUUUAUAUCAAAUUAAUCAUAAGAAUGAAGAUUUAAGUAAUUCUCUGGCUAAUGCACCAAUUGAUUCAUCAUUAUCAGAUACUAAUAAAUUAAAACCAGGUGAUGAAUUAGAAUGGAAAACUAUUAUUACUGUAAUUGAAGAAGUUGAAGGUAAUGGAUUAUUCUUUCUAUGUUCUCAAGAUUGUAAGAUAAGACAUUAUGGUAUAACUAUAUUAAAAUUAGUUGAACAAUUUGAUCAAGCCAUUUAUAAUAUAACUGAUGAAUCAUCUAAAUCAUUAAAUUCUACAAGUAAUUCUUCAAGAAAACAUUCACGAAGUUCAUCUAAAUUUGCGGCUGAUGUAGGGACUCGAUUAAUUCAUACAUUAGAAGAUGUAGAUUUCUUAGAAUUAAUUAAACCAUUUAGAAAAGAAUUAAGUUUACCAGAAAGAACUCGAUUAUCUAAAUUAAAAAAUCGAAAGAAUAUUUUAAUUCGUUUAGCAGAAUCAGAUUAUGGAAUUGAUUCAACUAUUUGGUUUAGAGUUUAUCCUAAAUUAUUAGAUAUAUUCUUUGAAAGAUGUCCUAUUGCGGUAGCAUUAUGUCGAUCAAUUAUUUGUGUUACAGUAUUACAAAUGCAUGAAUUUGUUCUUGAAUAUUCAGAAAAUAAUCGAUCUUAUACUCCUUCAAUAUUUACUCGAUCAACAAUAACAGUUCCUUCCGAAGUACUUAUAAAUCAAUGGAAAUUAUAUCUUAUAUUUGCUUGUAGUUCAUUAACUUCAACUAAUGAUCAAAAGAUUUCAUUUCCAAAUCAUCCAACUCAUGGUAGGAAAAGAUCAAUGCAAAUUUUUAUUCAACAUCAAAAGAUUACUAGUGCCAAAUCAAUCUUUAGAAUGGUUAUUCCACUCUUAAGAUCUCAACAACAAAUGGUUAGAGAAGCCGUUAUAUCUGGUCUUAGUUCAGUUAAUAUUAAUAUCUUUAAAAGUUUAUUAGAAAGUAUGCCAACUACCGUAACUGAAUGGGAUAUUAAUAAUAAACGAGAUACUAAAGAAGAUAGUUUAAGAAUUGAAAUGAUUAGAGUCAUUUUAAAUAAUACUACCAGAUUUAAAAAUGCCGAAUUAAUUUAUAAUGAUGAAGGAUUAAUUGCUAAUUUAGUGGCCAUAAUUAAGAAUUUAAAGACAUUUUUAUCAUUACCUUCAACCCAAAUAAGUAUUGAAUUUCAAAGACUUCGAAGAUAUUUUUGUGGAUUCUUAGAGAAUAUCUUUGUUGGACUUGAAAGUAAAUCUGAUUUAAAUAAAUGGUUACCAUUUGAAGCAAGAAUUGGAUGUUUUAAUUAUUUAAAGGAAUGGUGUGGAUAUGGAGAAUCUAGUUCACUUGCUGAUGAUCGAUAUAAUAGUAUGGUAAAAAGAGUUAAUCAACAAAAGGAAGUUGCAUCGGUAGUGGCUAUACUUGAAGUUGAAAAGAAAGCCCUUCAAAAUUCAGCUUUAAGUUGUAUGGCAGUAUUAUGUUCAGGACAUAUUAAACAUAAUCUUAAUCUUGAAAUCCCCGGUCAACAAGCCGUAAUGUCUUUUGAUAUUCCUGCUCUUAUGGAUUGGAUUCAUGCAUUAUUUACUUCUGAUAAUGAUAAGGCUCAUGAAAUUGGAAGAAUCGCCUUAAGAAAUAUUCUUAGUCUAAAUCUUUCAACUCCAGAAAUUUAUCAAGAAGUUAUUAAACAAUGUUAUACAUCUCAAAAGUUUUUAAAGACAACUGAUAGUUAUUUUACUAUAUUUGUUGAAGUAUUCUUAAAAUCAACACCUCCGGAUGAUAUUCCUUAUGAUUUAAUGUGUCUUGCAGGAUUCUUAGUAGGUCAUGAUAGUUAUGAAGUAAGAUUUGGAGCUAUUAAACUCCUAAAGUAUUUAGAAAAUCAGUAUUAUCAUACUUGUACAACUUCAGAUAAAUUUACUGAAUCAGUGACUUGUAAAACUAAAGUGGUAUAUAAACGAGCAUUAUUUGAUAUAUCUAAUCAUAUAGCCACUUUACAACCAGAAGGAGCAUUUAUAAGAAUAAGUUAUAUGACUAAAUACUUUAAUUUAGUGGAUAAUUCAUCACGCAGAGAUAUCUUAUCAUGUUUACUUCCAUGGGUUCAAACAGUAGUAUUAAAUUAUACUACCACCAAUGAAGAUAAUUCUAAUGACAAUGACAAUGACAAUGAAAUUGAUAAUGAUACUAAAAAACUGACAUUAACUACUAAGAAAUUAGAUAAUCUGUCAUUAAUGGUAUUAUGUAAUUUAUUUGAAAUUACCGUUAAAUUCAGUUCAAAAAUAUCUAAUGAAGUAGAAGCCCUAUGGGUAGCCUUAGGAGGUAAACCUAAUAAUUUCGAUAAGAUUAUUGAAUUCAUUAUGAAUAAUUGUUUAGAAAGAAAGAAUCCUACAUUUGUAGAAUAUUCUCGACAAAUCAUUGAUUAUUUAGCCUUUUCUCAAUCAGAUCCUAAUAUAAUGAUUGAUAAAUUACUUGAUAAUUUACAACCUAAAUUGAUGGUACCUCCACUUUCAAAAAUUAGUGCAAUAACUAUUAAUAAUGAUAAUAAUAAUAAUGAUAAUAGUAACAAUAAUAAUAAUAAUAAUAAUAAUAAUAAUGAAAUUCAAUUUCCUUAUAUUGCCAAUCUUUGGAAAAUUAUUGCUUAUAAUGAAAAGGAUGCAGCAUUUUCAAUUGGACAAUUAUCAAUGGUAUUUUUAGUAGAUUUAUUAACAUUAAGAAAUGAUAAAAUGUUAGAAAAAUUACCAUUAUUAUUACAUGUAGCAUUUUCAUUAUUAGAUCAUUAUUUAUUUAUUGUUCAAGAACAAGCAGGUACUUUAUUAAUUCAUUUAAUUCAUGCUUUAGCUCCUAAUGCUCCUAAUGCUUUAGAAACUAUUCAAACUUUAAGACAACGAGAUCAUUAUAAAUAUCUUUGGGUUUAUGAUGAUCUUAAUAAUGAUAAAAAGGGAGCUAGAACUCCUAAAAAUAUGGACCUUUUAGCAAGAAAUAUUUUAAAAAUCUUUUCCACAGUUCAUACAAAUAUUCAAGAUGAUUGGAGUAGAGUUUCAUUAAAUUGGGCCACUACUUGUGCAGUUAGACAUAUAGCUUGUCGAUCAUUUCAAGUAUUUAGAUCUUUAUUAUCAUUUUUAGAUCAAGGAAUGUUAAAGGAUAUGUUACAUCGAUUAUCAAAUACAAUAUCCGAUGAAACUUUAGAUAUUCAAGGAUUUGCAAUGCAAAUUUUAAUGACUUUAAAUGCCAUAACUGCAGAAUUAGAUUCAGGUCAAUUAAUUGAUUUUCCUCAAUUAUUUUGGUCAAGUGUAGCAUGUUUAAGUACAAUUCAUGAACAAGAAUUUAUUGAAGUACUUUCAACAUUAAAUAAAUUUGUUUCAAAAAUUGAUUUAGAUGCAGCAGAUACUGUAUCAUGUUUAAUAUCAACAUUUCCUCCAAAAUGGGAGGGGAAAUUUGAAGGUUUACAACAUAUUGUUUUAAUUGGUUUAAGAUCAUCAACUUCUUGGGAAUCUUCAAUGAAAUUUCUUGAUAAAUUAAAUACUUUAAAAGAUAGUGAAAUUAUUGGUAUGGGGAAUGUAAGAGUUUUAAUGGCAGUAUUAGCUAAUAUGCCUCGAUUCUUACAUGCAUUAGAUCAAAAGACUUUAACUCCAGAAAUUGAACAAGUAGCUUUAAGUAUUAGUAAAUUAGCUACUAAUGCUGAUAAACCUGCCUUGGCAAGAAUUUUAGUUUCAUUAUCUAAAAAUCGAUUCCGAUCUAAAAAGGAUUUCUUAGUUCAAACUAUUUCAACUAUUAAAUCAUUAUUCUUUCCGGAAUAUGAAGCUCAAUCUUUAGUAUUACUUCUUGGAUUUUUAUCUAAUAAAAUCCCUUGGAUAAAAUUAGAAACUUUAAGUAUAUUAAAACAUGUAUUUCCCUUAGUUAAUCUUGAAAGAGAUGAAUUUGUUGGAGUUGGAGCUGAUUUAAUAUCUCCAUUACUUCGACUUUUAUUAACAGAUUAUGCUGAAGCAGCAUUAGAAGUUCUUGAUGAAGCAGUAGUUAUUUCUGGUUCUCAAUUAGAUCGAGAUGUAUUAAGAAUGAGUUUAGGUAAUACUUCAAUUAAAAAGGAAUAUGAAAAGACAGCUACAUUAUUUGGAAUCCCCGAUGAAAGUGGUUGGGCAAUUCCUAUGCCAGCCGUUACAGCUGCUAGUACAAGAAAUAAUGUUCAUGCAGUAUUUUCAACUUGUGUUAUUACUACAUUAGUUGAUGAAAAUGAAGAACCUACUAAAGAUGAAGAAUUUCAAUUCCAUUUGGAAGAUUAUUAUGCACCUGUUAAUGAUUAUGGUGAUACAGUUUCUGUUAGUGUUGAUGAACCAGAAGCUUCAUUAAGUAAUGUAUGGGCUGCCUUAGAUGAUUUUGAUUCAUUUUUUACCAAAGAUACUGAAAAUAAUGGUACAGUACCUGUUUCUAUUGUAAAACCAAAAGAACGUCGAGAUUUAAAUCAUAUUCAUAGUGCAUCUGUUGAUACUAAAUAUAGUAAUUCAAGUGAUAAUCUGGCUCCAAUGGAUUCUGCUCCAAAUAUUUAUGAUAAAAAAGUAUCAGUAAUUUUAAAUCGAAGUUUAGCAAGAACUCAAUCAACUAAUUCAUUUAAAACUAAUUUAGCUGAUUCAAUUGGUCCAACUAAUUAUAAUCAUCAAGGAGGUACAGCCAAUGCUAAAAGAUCUUAUAUACCAUUUAGAAGUAGUAGAAGUAGUUUAAGAUCAAAAACUGAUGCAUUUACAACUCCAGUAAUGCAAUUAUCUCCAACUUUUGAUCCUCAAGAUUCAACUUCACCAUUUAAAUCUCAAAAUCUUAAUAGUCCAAGUUAUACAUCUACACCAAAAACUGUUACAUCUCUUGAAACUAAUCAAGGUUAUUCAUCAAAUGAUAAUUCAACAAGAUUUGAAACUUUAUUAGGAGGAGGUAAGAAACGAUCAAAAAAAGUAGGAAAGAAUUCUCCAAAUUCUUAUAAUUCAUCAACAUCAGCAGAAACAACAUUAUGGGCUAAUGCACCAAAUAAGAGUAGUUUAAGUUUAACUGGGAUAAAUAAUUCACCUAGUUCAGUUCCAGUAGAACCUGGUAAUAAAUUACGAGAUAAGAAAUCUCAAAAGUUUCGAUAA